AUGUUCCAUUCCGCUCGGUCCACGGAUCUCCACCACCAGGUGCGUAACAUCAACCAGGAUAACAUGGCAGCGGCACGGAUGCGAUUAAUCAUGCUCAAUGAGAUUGCGCAGUUUGGGCCGACAGAGAUCAUUUAUCAGGUUGACUUUAUGUUACACCCCAUCCGACAGAAUCAGGGGGAAUUGGCGAUGCCUACGUUUAGCUUACUUGACGCAGCGGAGGAGUGCUUUGGCACCGGCCGAGCUUUAGGCUUACCGCCCCAGCCGGAACCGGUAACCCAGCGUAGUCAGAAUCAACCGGAAGGGCUACCGUUGUGGUGUCAGAGGGUACUCCAGCUGUACCAGUCAAACCCGAAAAACCGAUCCUGUUUGCGACAACGGUGUUAA